AUGCAGUUCCAGGCAGCUCUUUCCAUAGCAUCUCCAUCAUGCUCCCUCCUCCCACCAACAGCCAAAUCAAUGGCCUUCUCAAUCCCAACGAGGUCCAUGCCAAGGCAAAGCAAAGGAACCCUAAAAGCAAAGGCAAGUGCAGUAGGACAAGACCCUUCAACUGUUGACUACAGCUCCAUGUCCUCUGUUUUUCCAGCAGAGGCUUGUGACACUGUUGGAGGUGAAGCUUGUGAUGUGGAAAUGUAUCCUGAAGUAAAGCUAAAACCAGAGGCCAAAAAAGGGAAUAGUGUUACAGAGCCAGUUGAGAGAGAGUAUCUACAAUAUGACAGUCCCAAGACAGUCUUUCCAGCGGAGGCUUGUGAUGAUUUGGGUGGUGAAUUCUGUGAUCCAGAGUAUCAAAAAGGAGUUUACUAG